CUAGUUGUGAUGUUAGCCUGUUUUCUUGGACACUCCUAGCGCUUUAUCCCACUAAAACCCUGCUAAUUGCCUCAAGCCCCCCUCAAGAAACCAUGGCCGAUCAGGCCUCUGGACCCCCUCUGUCGUCCCGACAUGACGAGGUGCUCCAGCAGCGAGUGGAGGCUCUGGAGCAGGAGCGAGCCGAGUUCAUCAAAGUGAAGCAGCAGCUGGAGGCCGAGUUCAACCAGAAGAGAGCCAAGUUCAAAGAGCUCUUCGUCUCCAAGGAAGUGGAGCUGAAGAAGCAGACGUUGGCUCUGGACGGCGCUCAGGUUGAGAUCAGCUCCCUGCAGGCUCAGCUGGAAGAGGCUCGCUCUGACAUGGAGAACAUCAGAACGGUGGCCACCGUGUCGGAGAACACCAAACAGGAAGCCAUCGAUCAGGUCCGCAGCCAAUGGCAGGAGGAGGUGGCGUCGCUGCAGGCCAUCAUGAAAGGUAACACGGAGCUCUAA